AUCUCAAUCUCUAACCUUUCUGCAUUGUCAAUAAUAUUUCGUCGUGCACUUUGUGUGAAAUGUCGUUCUUUUCCGCGAAUAACCCUCGCACUGAAAACGCUGAAUAGGCGUUGCUUAAUUUAUCCAUUCAACAUUUUGAAUAGAAGUGAACCUCGAGAAACAACUGAUUAUGCUCAAGAAAAACAAGGAAGUGUGUGUGUUAUGGCUCUGGAGCCAAGACCACAACAAAAACAAUAUGAUUAUUUGUUAAAAUUUCUUCUUGUGGGAGACAGUGACGUUGGUAAACAAGAAAUAUUAAGUGGUCUCGAAGAUGGUUCAUCAGAAUCCCCCUUUUGUAGUGGGAGUGCUUACAAGACAACAACGAUUCUGUUGGAUGGGAAGCGCGUGAAACUGCAAUUAUGGGAUACAUCGGGGCAAGGACGAUUUUGUACUAUUAUAAGGUCCUAUUCAAGAGGAGCACAAGGUAUUCUACUAGUUUAUGACAUAACAAACAAGUGGUCUUUUGAUGGUAUUGACCGGUGGUUAAAGGAGGUUGAGGAGCAUGCGCCUGGUGUCCCUAAAGUUCUUGUUGGGAACCGUCUUCAUCUAGCUUUCAAACGUCAAGUUGGCACAAGAGAAGCAGAGGCUUAUGCUUUUAAAAAUCGCAUGUCUUUCUUUGAAGUGAGUCCAUUGUGUGACUUUAACAUACGAGAAAGUUUUAGUGAACUAUCUCGUAUGGCCCUACAUAGGAAUGGCAUGGAAAGGCUUUGGAGGUCAAAUAAAGUUUUAAGCCUUCAGGAACUCUGCUGUCGUACAAUUGUGGCAAGAACAUCUGUCUAUGGCAUUGAUCAACUUCCUCUUCCUGGGUCAAUCAAAUCACAUUUGAAGUCGUAUGAUUUGUCAAGCUACUCAACAACCUCAAUGCAUCGAUAUGUCAUGAACAACAACAGAAAUCAUCUUCUUGCUUCUGGCAAAAUGGGAACUCUGUCAGGAAGCAAGAAACUUAGAUUUGUUGGAAUGGUUUGCCCAACUUCUUCAACUGCUUCAAGUGCUUCUCCAUCUUCCAGUAAUGUGCUUGACCAAAACCGGACUAGUUGUGUUGGCCGCAAUUCAUGCUGCAUCUCCUGAUUUCUGUUGUUCUACAGUGUGCUCCUAUCAAUUGUGCUGUGAAUGUAUUCUUUUUUAAAAGAAAAAUAAUGACGGAAUUUUCUUGCUGUCCAUAUUCUUGUGAUGAACUUUGAUGUGACUAUUACUUUACAAUAUGUAGCAUUGGCAUUUUUUUUCAGACCAAAGUGAACUUGUACAUAAAUUACAUGUAAAUAUGUAGCAUUGACGCUCUCUUACAAAUUGUAAGUGUUAUCAUGACUGUAAACAGACCUUUCAAAUCAUUUCUAUGCUUUUAAUAUCAGGAAUCUCAUUUUUAUGCGGCUUCUAUCUUACUUGUGUUUAGUAUGGUGCAGUGAUAAACACUUUCUUUGCACAUAUCCUGGUUAUUCUGAUGAAUGUGAGUUUGGUAGAACUUCUGAGAAUCCAUCUUUUGUACUUUGUAUCUCUUGGAUAGAGAUAAUUUAUUGAUUCCUAGAGAUUUUGUUGCUUACAAGCCUCAUUAAGAGUUCAAUUAUAAUCAAUGUAUUUCUGUGAGUGAGAUUAUUGUUCUGAAAUUAUGGUCAAGCUGGAGUAUCUCUAGGAUUUUCUUUUUGUGAAAAAUUAACUUGUAAUUUGUUGACUUCUGCUCUAAAUACCAUGAACCGUCCAAGCCCCCUACAUAAGUCAUACCAUGUGAAGAUAAAAGUAAAGUUUUGACAUUUGUGACAGCAUAAAAUUGAGACAAACAAUUGUGGCGCAGUCUGUUAAAUCUUAUUUAUUUUCUUCAGGUGUUUUGCUCACAUGUUUUGUUACAAAGUCUUGACCUCCCUGGCUCUUGAUUAAUCCAUGUUUAUUUCUCUGAGUCUUGUUCACCAUUAUCAACUCAUACUCAACUUUUUUAAAAACCAACAUUUUUAAAACUCCAGUAUAUUGAAACAGAAAUAUAUUUUAAUAAAAUGAAUAUAUUUUAUUAUUGUGCUCUAUUCAAAGCAAACAGUUUGAAAUGUGGUGAUAUAUCAGUAAAAGUAAAUCUACGAGCCAGACCUGGUAUCUAGUUGAUGAAACCUGAAUUUAUUCUUGUUUUGGAGCUAGUUCCAAGAGGGCAAUAACUUUGAAACUGAAUGCCCAAAUUAACAUUCCAUUCAAUACAUAUGGCAGCUUUCCUACCAUCCUUUUUAGUACGUUUCACUAGCUGUUUGUUAGUUAUUUAUUCCCCAUCUUAGCUGCAAUGAUAGCCCAUUGUGCAUCCUUACAAAGAUUGUUUUCUUGUUUUUUAAUAAAAAUUUGAGUUUUAUCAGCUUGUAA